CGCACUUCCUCAUCCUCACUGACAGAGGAAGGCGAGAGAUUCAGUGUGUGUGAGCUUUUACCUGGAAAUGUAUGCAUUUUUGCUACAUCGUUUAUGUGACUUUAUAUUUUCCACUGAGGUAACUUCGUUUUAGCCUAGUCGGACUGAUCAUAGACCAUAUUCCCACAUUGCUCAUUGUUCUGUGCCUGUGGAGAUGGUGAGUGUUCCGGACGCAGGUGUUCUUCAGGAUGGGAAGACUGUAGUCGAGGAGCCAAUAGGACCUGAGGACUGGAGCGAGAUGGCGAUGGAAGCUCGGUGUCAGGCUGGAGAUGAGAAGGCUGACCGUUGGCGGACUCUGGGAAUCGUCUGGAGAAACGUUAUCCUCAUGGCCCUUCUGCACAUCGGAGCGGUGUAUUCCAUCCUUGUUAUCCCCAGAGCGAGGCCCCUUACCUGGGUCUGGUCCUACGUGUGUUUCAUCGUGACAGCCCUGGGGGUGACAGCAGGGGCCCAUCGGCUGUGGAGCCACCGCUCCUACAGGGCCAAGCUUCCUCUCAGAGUCUUCCUCGCAGCUGCCAACUCCAUGGCCUUCCAGAAUGACAUAUAUGAGUGGGCGAGAGACCACCGCGUGCACCACAAGUUCUCAGAGACGGAUGCAGACCCCCACAAUGCAACACGAGGCUUUUUCUUCGCUCACAUUGGCUGGCUGUUUGUGCGUAAACACCGUGAUGUCAUCGAGAAGGGAAAGAAGCUGGACGUCACUGACCUCUUGGCUGACCCCGUGGUCCAGUUCCAGAGAAGGUACUACAAGACCUCAGUCCUGAUCAUGUGCUUCUUGGUUCCCACCGUGGUACCCUGGUACUUUUGGGGUGAGACGCUGUGGAACUCCUACUUCCUAGCAUCCAUCUUGCGUUACACCGUCUCGCUCAACGUCACCUGGCUGGUGAACAGCGCCGCCCACAUGUACGGGAACCGACCGUACGACCAGAACAUCAGCCCCCGCGAGAACCGCUGGGUCACCUUCGGAGCCAUCGGUGAGGGUUUCCAUAACUUCCACCAUACUUUCCCCUUUGACUACUCUACCAGUGAGUUCGGCCUGCGUUUCAACCCCACCACCUGUUUUAUCGAUCUCAUGUGCUGGAUGGGCCUAGCCAGCAACCGCAAGAAAGCCUCAGUGGAAAUAAUACAGUCCAGGAAACUAAGGACAGGGGAUGGGAGCUACGGAGCAGUCAACAGUACACAAGAGAAAGAAGCAUGAGUGGUGGUUCUCACUGAACCAAGUUGUGGUUGAGAAGUCCAUGAUGAAGACAUCAAUAUAUUCUUAUACCGCCACUGGAUUAUGAUUUCUCAUCAUGUUUUGUCUGCUAUGUUUUGUACUUUGUUCUUUUGGAGCCCCGAAUUGCAGAUUAUGUUCUGAUCCCCGAAUUGCAGAUUAUGUUCUGACACAAAGGUGUCGUUUUUGACUCACUGGUUAGUUAAUUCAAGGUUUAAUCUGGAAUCCAAGACAACCAGACACCUUUUGAAAUCAGAAAAUCUAAUCCUAGCAUUGUUACUUACCUUUUGCAUGAGCUUCCACAAGCCAGGCUCUGCAGUACAUUACCCUGUGGAGAAGGGUUUCUUCUGCAGGAGGACCAGGUGGUGAGACAUUAUAAAAGAUCACUCCUGCGUUCAGGAUACACAUGCUGUUUAUUGUGAACAUUUUGGUUGUCGUGUCUUGAAAAAGGUCACAGGCCGAAACGUGGACAGUAAAUGUCAGUCACAUGCAGAGGUAAUGGUGUAUGGGAGUUAACGUUAAUAUGUUUAGACAUGUUUACCAGAACGUGAUGUAAGGGAGAGAGGAGAGGUCCCUAGUUUCCUGUUCAUGGUCCCUGGUGUGUUCCCUCUAGCGUGGAAACUCACGUCACCUGUACCAAGUAGCCCCACCCCCUCCAAUCCUUCAUCACGUUGAGAUGUCCUUAGGCGGUGUGAAAUAGGGCUGCUGGUUACGGAACGUUUAUUUUAUUCCCUUGCCUUACCAUCAAUCAGAAUGUUUCGCCUGUGAUGUAUAACUUGUCUGUUUCACUCCAAGUUCAGCUUGUCUGUGAGACAGAAUAAAGCAACGUCUUAAGUAGAUGUCUGAGAAGUAGAUAGAUGACUGAGGAGUCAGACUGAGUGGAUGAGUAAUACUGGUCUUUGACUGAUUCAGUCUUUAAUAAUAAUAUUUCAACUCUAUGCUUUCAGAGAAUCUUAACGGACUGUGGAAGAAGUGGUGGGUAGAUAUUCAAUAUAUCAGUCAAAGCAGGGACAUACUGUAGCUUCCAUGGUGAUGAAUUAGUCAUUUAGAAACGUUCACAGGAAACUUUAUGCUUAUCUACUCACGACGCUGAAAGUUAAUUCUCCAUAUUUACAUCAGCUUGGAACAAGUUGACAAGUUGACAUAAUGGGGCUAGAUUGAGAAGAUACGUGUGCUUGGAUUAUUCUCAGCAACUAUUUGUUUUUAUCCAACUCUUUAUGCUGCAUACUGAUAUAAUACAAUAUAAUUAUAUAAUUAUUGCAUGUUAAUAUGGUUUUCCUCUUUUAAAUCAGUUUGGUUCCCCCUGUUUGAAUAGCACACCACACCACUACUCUCUGGUAUACAACAGAAGUCUGCCUGUCAUUAUGUACUUUAUAGUGGGAGUAAUUCAGAUUUUAAUUCAAUACAAGACGGAACAUGAGAAAAAGAUAUGCGGUAUGAGAGCAUGUACCAAACUUUGAUCUAUCCCUUUGAUUAAUUGAUUACACUAUUAUUAUGUGUAAUGAGAGAUAACAUUGCCAUAGUGCUUCUAUUACUACUCUACUGUACUUUAUAAUAUCGUUGAGAGUUGAGCUUGUGUGUUAUAUGCUUGUUUUCCUCUCCCAGUUGUGGAAUGACUGUAUUUGUUUGUAUUCGGUACCUGUCUUGUGUGGGUUUUAUACUGUGUCGAUAUCAAUAGCCUAUAUAUUUCUGGUUUAGUUCUUAUUGGACACACACAUACACACACACAGUCGUGAUUAACCAAGCUUGUGGGGAGACACAGUUGAUUCCCAGUCAAAAAUUAUAUUUUCUCUAACCCCUAACUCUAAACCUAACCCUAACCCUAACCUUAACCUGAAAACCUAACCUUAACCCUAAACCUAACU